GCGAAAAUUGUUGUGUUGUAAUAAGCAAACGUCUUGCAACAAUACUCCUCCCCCUAAUAGGAGAGGCUAAUACAGAACAAAUUUUCUUUAGAAGAGGGUAAAAGUAUAUUGAUAAAGAAGAGAUGCUAAUACAUAGAAUAUGUGUUAGUAAUCAGUAUUAGAUUACUACUAGUAUGUAGUAGUAAUAUGAGAGAGUAAUUAUUAUUAUUUUUAUUUAGGAGGAGUAGUUGAUUGGAGGAUAUAUACAGACGGUGAGAAGAAGAGUGAGAUACAGGAGAGGAGAAGCCUCCUGAAACUGAAAGGAGACAAGCAGUUGUGUUGUCCUUCUCCCUCUCCUCCGGCCAGCGGCCAUGGCCAUGGCAACGGCAACCCCCGCGGCGCAGAAUGAGCAGCAGGAGAAGGGGGGGUUGGAGUACGUAUAUCUGUCGGGGCUGGGCAACAGCUUGUCGUCGGAGGCGGUGGCGGGGACGCUCCCGCGCGGGCAGAACAGCCCGCUGGUCUGCCCGCUGGGACUCUACGCCGAGCAGCUCUCCGGCACGCCCUUCACCGCCCCGCGCGCCCGCAACCUCCGAACAUGGCUGUACCGGAUCAAGCCUUCGGUGACCCACGAGCCCUUCCACCCCCGUCGCCCCGCCCACCCCCGCCUCAUUGGGGAUUUCGACCGCACCACCACCGACACCGUCGCCACGCCCACCCAGCUGCGCUGGCGCCCCGCCGACGUGCCCCCCCACCAUCCUCCCCUCGAUUUCAUCGAUGGCCUCUACACCGUCUGCGGCGCUGGCAGCUCCUUCCUGCGCCACGGAUACGCCAUCCACAUGUACGCUGCUAACAAGUCCAUGGACGGAUGCGCCUUUUGCAACGCUGACGGCGAUUUCCUCAUUGUCCCCCAGCAAGGAAAGCUGUUGAUCACAACUGAAUGUGGGAAGCUGCUAGUCCCACCUGGUGAAAUUGUUGUCAUUCCCCAGGGUUUUCGCUUUGCUGUUGAUUUGCCCGAUGGUCCUUCACGUGGCUAUGUUUCUGAGAUUUUCGGUACCCACUUUCAGCUCCCUGAUCUUGGCCCGAUUGGUGCAAAUGGCUUGGCUUCGGCAAGGGAUUUCCUUUCCCCAACAGCAUGGUUUGAGCAAGUCCACCGCCCAGGAUACACAAUUGUGCAGAAAUAUGGUGGUGAGCUAUUCACUGCCACUCAGGACUUUUCUCCAUUUAAUGUGGUAGCGUGGCAUGGAAAUUAUGUCCCUUACAAGUACGACCUGAGUAAAUUCUGUCCAUUUAACACUGUUCUAUUCGAUCAUGCUGAUCCAUCAGUAAAUACAGUGCUGACUGCACCAACUGAUAAGCCUGGUGUCGCAUUGCUUGAUUUUGUGAUAUUCCCGCCUAGAUGGUUGGUCGCUGAGAACACAUUUCGCCCUCCAUACUAUCAUCGCAAUUGCAUGAGUGAAUUUAUGGGAUUGAUCUAUGGAAUAUACGAGGUCAGACCUGAUCAUUCGCUAGCAUCUGCUCUUUCUCUCUGGUGUGUAUUGACUAAGCUAGUCAUGAUCAGAACUCAUCUUUCUGAACUUAUGCAGGCCAAAGCUGAUGGUUUUCUUCCUGGAGGUGCUAGCCUUCACAGUUGCAUGACACCUCAUGGCCCAGACACCAAGACAUACGAGGCAACAAUCAGCCGUCCUGAUGCCAAUGAGCCAUCAAGGCUAAGCGGCACGCUUGCAUUCAUGUUCGAGUCUGCACUCAUCCCCAGGGUUUGCCAAUGGGCCCUCGAUUCCCCAUCCCGGGAUCUCGAUUACUACCAGUGCUGGAUUGGAUUGAAAUCCCACUUCUCACAUGACAAUGGAGGGGCAACCAGCGAAGAACCAUGCAGAAAGUAGCUUUGAUCAGUUUUAGUAGCUUAUGAUGCUGUGCUUGUGUAUAUUUUGUGAGGCUGUAACUGAACCAUUCACCAGAUCCGUGUAAGUAAAGACAAUAAUGCUCAGCAGCCUGUACUGUACAAUCGUGGGUAUAGCAUUAUCAGAAGCAAGAAUGUCAAUUUCAAUAAGAGGUUGCCUACACUGUAGGCAGAUUAGUACAGGCGUGUUUGUAACACCAUGAAUGAAUGAAUGGAUGGAUGGACACCGUGUGAGGUACCAUUAACAUGCCGCCGGAAAGAAGAUGUUACAUUCGCAA